AUGACAGAGCAAAACACCACCAAGUCCCACAAAAAUCCUGAAAUCCCAGAUCAAGAAACUCUUCACCCUGGUACUGAACAAAAUCCCAUGAUUGAAAAUAAACAAGGAGGAGGAGGAGAAGAAGAAGAAGAAGAAUUAAAGAGACUUUUAGUGCCCAAUGUAGAGGAUUUACCCCUCUCUCCUCCCUCUGCAAUAGAAUCCAACUUUACAACAUACUUUCUUACAGAUUUUUUAUAUCCUGGAAAUGAUCAGUAUGUUCACCGUCAUGCCAACGGGUUGUGCAUAAUCGGUUUGGCUCCAUAUCAUGUGGCAUUUAAGGAUGAAUUGGGAAUAUCCAAAGUCAGUUUCGAUGUAGGGAAGACUGAUAGGAGUACAAUUAAAGUCACCGGAAAACGAAAAAAGGUGAUGUGUUUUCUAAAAUUUGUAGAAUGCUGUGUAAAAGGCUCUCUACUGGAAGUCAACGAAAGGUUAAUCGAGCACCCACAAUUGCUUAAUUCAUCGGCAAAUAGAGAAGGCUACAUUGCAAUUAUCAUGCCAAAGCCCCAAGAUUGGCUCAAAGCCAAGGCUUUGAUGCUCAGCUUUGAAGAAUAUCAAAAGUUGAGAGAGACUUGCUGA